UCUUCUUUCGUAACCCUGCGCUUAGUGCACCAGAUCACGAUCGAAGUCGGCCUUUCUUCGUUUCUAGGGCACGACAUCCCGGCGUGGUUGCUCUCCCAACUGCCGUCGAUCCCACCGCCAUCCCUUCUUCUAAUCCUCCGAGCGUCAUGGCGCUCGCCUCACCAUCCUCCGCCGAAACCCUACAGCUAAAGCUUGAGAAAUCUGAUGCAGAUAUUCAGCUGACCACCUCCAUCACCCCGCCGUCUCUUUUAGCUUCCACUGCGGACUUAUCCUCUACCUCCGUGCCUGCCGCUGCUGCCGCUUCCCUCGAUAACUCUAACGCUAACCCUAAUCCAAGCCCCAACCUUUAUUCCAAUCCCGGUGCCGGUCUCAAUCCGACCCCUGCCGUCAUUACUCCGCCAGCUGCCCCAUCAUUCACCCCAUCCUUCCGUCCGCUCGGCGUUCCUUCAGGCCCCCAGUACACGACUGUACCGAACCUCAGCAUUCAGCCUCCUGGUGUUGCUGCUCCGCUCGUGUCGGUCAAUCCGAUGAUGCCGGGCACCAUGUACCACGCACCACCCGGCAUGACGCUGGCGUCUGCACCUUUAUCCUACGGCUCAAAUGGUUACUUAUCGGUCCCCGCACAUGCGCCCCAUGCGAUACCUCCACCGGGAGUUCCACGUUAUCCUGGGCCAUACCCAGCUACGAUUCGACCUGGUUUUCCAUUCCGUCCUAUGUCCCCUUUUGGUGCAGUUCCACAAGUUCCCAGACUUCCAGUACUCGGGGUUCGUCCGAUACCUCCUAUGGUUACCCCUAUAGUGCGACCAGUUGUUCCCAUACUUCCUCCUACAGAGAAACCACAAACUACAGUAUACGUUGGGAAGAUUGCUUCAACAGUUGAUAAUGACUUCCUUCUGUCCCUUCUUCGGAUUUGUGGUCCAGUAAAGAGUUGGAAACGUGCUCAAGAUCCUUCAGAUGGAAAACCUAAAGGUUUUGGUUUUUGUGAAUUUGAGGCUGCUGAAGGUGUCCUUCGAGCUCUCCGCCUUCUUAGUAGAUUGAAUAUUGAUGGACAAGAGCUUGUGUUGAAUAUUAAUCAAGCAACUAGGGAAUAUCUUGAGCGCUAUGUGGAAAAGAAAACUGAAAGAGAAAAAGAGAAACUCAAAGAAACUGAUGAUGCUUCAGUUGAAGGUAAUGAGGGCAUGUCUUCUGAAAACGAAGAGCCUCUAAAGCCUGCUAUUGAUGAAGAAAAGAGGGAUACAGAAGAUUCUGGUGAGAAAGAAAACCAAGACAUCCAUAAAUUUGGUAUUGUCUCAGAUGAAGAUCGUGAAGCUGAUAAGGAUGCCUUAGAGAAAGUUACAAAUAUGAUUGAGGAGAGGUUGAAAACUAACCCAUUACCCCCACCCCCUCCUAUACCGGCUUUUAUUGAUGGCCCUGCUAAGUCAAACUCCGAGGUUCCUUCUAGAUCCAAGGAUGGUGAUUCAGAUAUUGAUAUUAUGAAGAGUGAUGCAGUAGAAGAGAAGAAUGACGAAGAAACUACAAGUGAAAAAAAACCUGCUGACCAUGAGAAGCCCGAUUUAAGCUCCCCAGAUAGGAGGCGGCAUGAUAGAAGAAGAGAUAAAGAUAGAGAACGGGAUUUGAAAAGAGAAAAAGUGAGAGAGCUAGAGAGAUUUGAACGAGAGCGUGAACGUGAAAGAUUGAAAAGAGAGAGAGAAAGGGAGUCGAGAAUACGGGAAGCUGAACGAUUAUACAAGGAGCGUAUGAAGGAUUGGGAAGCUAGGGAGAGGGAGAGGGAAUACCAGAGGCAGCAUGAAAAAGACAGGGAGAAGGAUAGACAACGGGAACGGAGAAAGGAGAUACUUGGGGAUGAAGAAGGAAGUGAUGAAGAUGAGGAUGAUUCAAGGAGAAGGAGACGAAGAAACAGCAUGCUUGAGGAGAGGAGAAGAAAGAGACUUAGGGAAAAAGAAGAAGAUCUGAUAGAUAGAUUAAAUGAAGAGGAAGAGAUUGUAGAAGCAAAAAAGAGGAAAGCUGAAGAGCAGAAAGCAAACAAAAAUCCAGAACCUAAGCUUCCUGAGGUUACCAAGGAGAAUGAAAAGCCUAAAAUUAAAGAAGAAGAAAUGAUUGUUGGAGGCGGCGAAACUGCUUUCGAACAGGAUCAAGGAGCUGUUUCUGUUACUGCUGGUAAUACAGGUGAUGGGAUUUAUAGAACAAACAGCAGUGAAAUGACUGCAGCUUCAGCUGCAUUGCCAGAGAUCAAGCAGAAUGAUGGCCCAGUUCGGAAACUAGGGUUUGGUUUGGUAGGUUCUGGAAAACGAACAACCGUUCCAUCUGUUUUUCAUCAGGAGGAUGAUGAAGAUGUAGAUGACAAAAAGAUGAGACCAUUGGUACCCAUUGAUUACUCUAAUGAGGAGCUGCAGGCUGUGAAAGGAAAUGUGUCUGCAGCUACACCAAAUAUUGUUGCUGCUGCUGAAUUUGCUAAGCAGAUCUCUACAAGCACCAAAGAAGAAAAGAAUGAAAAUGAAAGGGAAAGAAAUGGGCGAUCAAAUGACAGAUUGAGCCGCAGAGAUCGUGACCGGAGUGAGUAUGAAGGUGCCUAUUCCAGGAGUGAAAUUAAGGAAAAGAUGCAUGAUAAAGUUGCUGAACGGGAUGAUAAGAUGAAAGCAGAAAACAAGAAGCUUUUGGAUGCAAAGCAGUUGAUUGACAUGAUUCCAAAGACUAAGGAAGAGCUCUUUGCAUAUGAAAUAAAUUGGUCCAUUUAUGACAAGCAUGCAUUGCAUGAAAGAAUGAGGCCAUGGAUAUCGAAGAAGAUAACCGAGUUUCUUGGAGAGGAGGAAGCAACCUUGGUGGAUUAUAUUGUUUCAAGUACGAAAGAACAUGUUAGAGCAUCAAAAAUGCUAGAGUUGCUUCAAUCUAUCUUGGAUGAUGAGGCAGAAAUGUUUGUUCUCAAAAUGUGGAGGAUGUUGAUUUUUGAAGUCAAGAAGGUUGAGACAGGCCUGUCUGUUAAAUCAAAGGCCUAAAUUUCAGGUUUUAUUCAUUUACCAUGUUCCUGAUUCAUUGUCUCCUUGAUGCUUUGCUUUGAGAUAGUGUGAAUACGAUAAUAUCAUUGAAAAUAGGAAGGCAUCAAUCUACUUUGUUUUCAAUUUAACUUGUUUAGGGGAUUGUUCAUUUUGUAUGCCUGACUGUAAUGCUUAUUUUCAUUUAGUUUUGCUGUUUUGUCAUUUUGUUUUAUUUAUGUGCCAAUGUAAUUGUUUAUGUCAAA